UCUUAGGGUUUGGGCGCGGCUUAGCUGGAGCGAUCGACUGAUCGCUGAGGUUUCGAUCGAUCAAGAGCCGCAUUCUAGGUAUCUUGCAAGAUUUCUCACGGCGAUGGAUGGAAUCGAAGCUGUGUAUGGAUCUUCCCGCGGAGCUCUUCGAAAUCUCACCAAUCGGACGAGGCGGCCCGGCCCCCCGGGGGGCCCGACGUUCGAUCCGUUUUUCUGGGAGGAUAAUCAGCAUCGCGGAGGCGGGGCAUGGGUUUCCAGGACGCCGGUGCGUUGGGAUCGCGAGGGCGGCGGGAUUCAAGAGAUUUUUCCCGCCGGUCCGGUGGGAUCUCCGCGAGAGGCCAGUCCUUCUGGCGUCCAGAACCUCAUGCUCAAUGCCAAGGACAAGGAGGCUUUGCUGGAAGAGUCGAUCAGGCUGAAGCAAGCGAUCCACUGCCAGGAUUUCUUUCUUCGCCGGGACAAGGUCCACGUUUCAACUGUGGAGAUUGAGAAUCGGAAGCUCGGGUUUGAUAUCAAAGAUAUGGAAACGCUAGGAAACAUCAAGUCUCCACCCCGUGGAAGAAGCAUACGUACCAGACUUAAAGGACUAAAGAUAAGAUACGAAGACAUGCGAGCUGUGUGCGACGCGCAAUUUGACGAGCUAUCCACGAUGCGAAGGGAUUCACGGCCAACGGCGAUUCAAGAAAUGGAGAUGGACCGAGACGCGCUGCACUCUGAGAUUUCCAGGUUGCACAGAGACGUUACCGGGUUGAAAGCAGUCCAAAACGCUCUCAAAUGCGAGCAGAAAGGCUUGUUUUGCAUCAAGGAGAAGGCAGACGAGCUGGAAGAAGUCAACCAUACUUUGGAAAAAUGCAUGGACGCCGUAAACAAGGAGCUUGCAAGAACAAGCCACGACAUGGUUGUGUUCAACCAGAAAAUGAUCGAAUCGGGCCUGGAGGCGAGAAGAAAUGCAAAGAGAUUCAAAGACUUGGAGGAACACACGGCAGCACUGAAGAUCCUUAUCGAGAGGGAGAAAUCCGAGAGGAUAGAUCUGGACAAACAGCUGGUGGGAUUGGAGCAGCAGGUCAAAAAGGCCGAGCAGGAGCUAGUUUGCAAAGCAACAACAAAGCCCAAGGACGAACCUCUCGCGAGCGCAGCGUCAAAGCAAGGAACCACCGCCGCCACUACUGCUACUGCCGCCAAAGGACUGAAGAAGGCUGCGAGCAAACCACCAACACCAACGCCGGGAAAGUUCGAUCCGCCGCUCAAAUCGAGCAAACCAUCGACAGCUCCAGCUCCAUCGAGAUCCAGAGCCGCGACGACCAAAGCGAGCUCGAUCAAGCCCGCUGCGUCAACCAAAGUUGCUGCUACUAGUACCACUGGAGUUUCCAAAAAGCAACGAACUUGACUAUGUGUUAGAAUGUGAGGUAAAUAAGUAAAAGAAAAGGAACAAAUUCUCAUCUAAA